AAUUUGCAUUCGUAGAUAAUUGGUGCUCAACUGUAAGUGCUAAAAUUUAGUACCAUUCGAAAAAUUUGACAGUUGCCGAAUCGAAAUCAAAAAUCAAUUUGAACUGAACGUUAAUCAAGACCACUCUGGAAUAUAUUUAAAUUAUAAUAGGAAAAUUAAUUAAAUUAUAAUAGGAAAAUAUUCCUAACAUGAAUAUGAUGUAUAAAAACUCACUGAUGAAGUGUCCUCGUACACCGGCUCCGAUGAGAAACUCGAGCUUUCUCAUGUCCGCUGCAGCCAUUCUCGAGACACCGACGUUGCUGAAAAAAACACCUACCAUUAGUGCCAACACUAAUAAUCGUUCAAACGUAUCACAUUUACAAACACCCUCUGCUGCUCCGAAAGCCGCGAUGCAGUUGCUCAUGUUCAAUCAAAUGCAAACAUCCGCAGCUAUUUCAGGUUCAGGAGAGUCUCCUUUCAGCCACACAUCUUUUGAAAAAUUCAAUUUCAGUAGCAGCGACGGCUUUAAUUUCGCUACCUCAAAUGUCCCGAGAGCCUACACGAACCACCCAACAAUUGCUGCCAGACAUCCGCCUAAUUUUAGCAAUGAAAACUUGAACAAGCGGAAACUAGAGGAAAGAUUUUCUCAAGCUGGAAGGCAAGCAAAACGGGUAUCGUUCGAUAUGUUCCCAUUAAAACCGAACAAAUCAUUAAAUGCAAACAGGCGGCUUUCAAGGGUUUCCCAAGCCAUCAGAUCCAGCUCUUCGAUGACCACUAAACACACACAAAGUGAACUAACUAAGUCAGUUCCGAAAAGGUUGCGAAUUCUAACUGGAACGGUUGAAAACGUUCUAAAGCUCACCAAAACUGCCCCGGAGGGCAGCUCACCACUGGUUGAGGUCUUUGCCAUGGUGCUCAACAUCAAAAGUGGCACGUACGAAUGCGAGAAGGUGUUGCUUCUGAGGAACAAAACCGGUCCCAUAAUGCAGGGAGUUUUCUACGAAAUCGAUUUUCGUAUGGAGCUGAUAAGCGUUGGGGAUUUGGUGCGCUGCGUUGGCCGAUUGACCGGAGGAAGUCGACUGCAGAUUUUGAAGAUUGCGCAGGCGACCCCGGAGGAGGAGCGAAUGGCUCAGCGUCUGCAAACGGAAAAAAGUUGUAUUUACAGUUCGUUAUCCCCGUUCGAACAAAAAGUCGAAACAGAAGAAACUAGGAAAAUCUCAGCAACUGGCCGAGGACGUCCAAUCUUACCCCCCGGAGGAAUUACGUGAUGGAGCAAGCCACGUGACAUCAACACCAGCACAGAACGCAUAAGUCAGCAUUCUGCUCACAAUAGGAAAACGCAACAUCAUCAACAACCAUGAACCACGCCACCCGAUCAAAGUCCAUAGACGCCACCAUCGAAUCCGAAAUGUCUCAUCAGCAGAUUUAGGUUAUUUAAGAUCUCACCUUCGAAUAGCUAGGUCAUUAUGUGUACAACCUUGUAGUGAUAAAGAGUGAAAUAAAUGUUUUUUUUCGAUUAA